AAGCCAGCGCUGGUUUUUUUGAGGGUUCAGGCGAAAUAUUGCAGUUAUAAAAAUCGAGUUGAUCUGCCGGGAAUGGUGCCGAUGGAUCCGAUGGGACCAGCAGUGGUCAACAAUGGUGGUCACGGUGGAAAUCAGCUCGGCAAUCAGCAGUUCAACGUCCCGAGAGAUGAUGAGUACAGAAAGAGGAUUAUUGCCACAAUUGGACACGGAGCCGAAGAUGAUGGCAAUGGCGAAGGAUCGACAUGUGGACGCAUCCUGAUUCUGCUCUCUUGGCUCCUCGUCAUCGUCACGAUGCCUUUCAGCCUGCUGGUGUGCUUCAAGGUGGUGCAGGAGUACGAGAGAGCGGUGAUUUUCCGUCUGGGACGUCUUAUGCAGGGCGGAGCCAAGGGUCCAGGCAUCUUCUUCAUCCUGCCCUGCAUUGACGCCUACGCUCGCGUGGACCUCAGGACCCGAACUUACGAUGUGCCGCCACAGGAGGUGCUCACGAAGGACAGCGUGACUGUGUCUGUUGACGCUGUGGUGUACUAUCGAGUGUCCAAUGCAACAGUUUCUAUUGCCAAUGUCGAGAAUGCUCAUCACUCAACGAGACUCUUGGCUCAGACAACCUUGCGGAACACAAUGGGAACGAGACAUCUUCAUGAAAUCCUGAGCGAACGCAUGACAAUAUCAGGCACGAUGCAGAGCUCUCUGGACGAGGCCACGGACGCGUGGGGAAUCAAGGUGGAGCGCGUGGAGAUCAAGGAUGUGCGUCUGCCCAUUCAGCUGCAGCGCGCCAUGGCGGCCGAGGCUGAGGCCGCCAGGGAAGCCCGUGCCAAAGUGAUUGCCGCCGAGGGAGAGCAGAAGGCCUCCAGGGCCCUUCGGGAGGCGUCAGAGGUCAUUGGAGACUCACCGGCAGCCCUGACUUUGCGCUACUUGCAGACGCUGAACACCAUUUCUGCUGAGAAGAACUCAACUAUUGUGUUCCCGAUUCCCAUCGAUCUCUUCAAGUCUUUGAUGCCAAAUAGUCACGCCUCUGUCAAGCAUACCGAGAAUGCCGAUAUGUCCCUCUAAAGCAAUCCCCAGAAGCGUCCCAAGACUUCUCAAGUAACUUGAAUUUCUCAAUGUGUGUAAAACGGUUUCUCAAACCAUCAAAAAUCUACGUGGAAAAAAUGUGUGGAGAAAUUACUAAUUAAUCUUUAAGACAUGAUAAAAAUUUCUUUGUAUGUUGUUGCGUCACUACACAACUUAUCAACGCAUUGCAUGGAUAAAUUUUAUACUUCAGCCAUGAAGGAGUGUUAAGAGAAGAAGAUUAAUAAAAAUGAGAGUAAAGUAAAAUUAAAGUAAAUUUCUAAUGCAAAACAAAAAAAAAACCUGUUGACGCCUCAACAGAUAACGAAACAAUGAAGAUAAAAGGAAUAAAUAUAUAAAAUGUAAUGAAUUAAAAAACCAAAUAUUAACAAAAAUUACGCUUAAAUGAACGUGGUUAAAAGAACAAUGGAUAAAAGUCACUGAAUAAACAAAGAUGGUUCUAUUUACAAUGACUUAAAAUUAUUGAUGAAUAAACCUAAGAUUUUAUAUAACUUAGUAAAGUGGAAAUGAGAAUGAGUGUAUCAAAAAAAAGAAUUAGUCAUAUUCACCAUGGAUUUAUUAAUUAUCAUUGUGACAUUGCACGAUACAAAUUUAUUGUUACAAAAAUCUCAAUGGGAAAAUUUUACAUUUUCGAAAAAAAAGGAAACAAUUCUAAUUGUCAUUUUAUUCUCUCAUAAGUGUAAUUUCUAAUUACUUGAUUUUUUCGGUGUUUUAACUCGAUGUAGUGCGAUAAUUCAAUUCUGUACAUCAGAUGCAGAUUUUGGUAACAAGAACUUUACGGAUUAGCCAAAAACAACCACAAUUGUAAUCUCUGCAGAAUCCUGCGAGACGCAUUGUAAGGUACUUAAUAAAUAAUCGAACUACAUAUUAAGGAAA